AUGGAUACUUUAUGGCCUUCGGAUAAAGAUAUUUUACCCUAUAAAAAGCCAACUACGGCAGCUCAAAUAGAAAGGCUUUUCUAUCAUGUGGGACUUAGCGUAAGCGGCCUUUAUGUUCUACUACACUUAGUGGUUUCUCGAGUUAUAUACCAGGCCUACCAACAACGCUUGGAAUUAAACCAUGAAGCUUUGAUGAGGUUACGAAGAUUAGUUAACAAGUUGAGAUCUAAAGUAAAAACAACAAGCAUUACAUCCUUGGGUGAGAAUCGCCGUUUAACCAAGGACUCUAAAGUUUAUAUUGACAGGUGUCAACAAACUAGCGAGGGUAUAAAAACUCCUGGCGAUGAUUACGGAUGGGCUCAUUUAAAUCGUAAACUUGACUCCCUCACCAAAAGCCUAGAAGAGUACAAUAAAAUUAUUGGAGAAACUAGUUAUUUGGAAUCGCUAACUUUUGAGAGUAAACUCUUUACUGAUCAGUGUAAAGGGGUUGGUUUGCGUUUACGAAGUCAAGAGAAAGGUACAAAGCUAAUAAAUUCCGUUAGAGAAAUGAAAGGUUGGUUUAUACAUGGUAGGAUACCCAGAGACUAA